CGUCGCGUCAACAGAAAUAUUCGCGAAGCGCAAUCAACUUUGACGGCCCGCUGCCUGCACGUAAGCGCUCUACUUUCGCGCGUUUCCUCGGAGCGACCUCGAAUCGCGUGCGCGAUCCUUCGUCGUUCGCCCAAGUCACGUGGCUUCUCUUCUCCAAUCCAUAACCUAUAGUCCGACGCACUUCUGGUGUGUAUAGUAGCCGCGCGGCGGCAACAACUUUUUUACAGCUGACACACCUGCCGAGAAAGCUUUUCAUUCGAACAUAGUCGGGCGUUUAUUGUUUCCGUACGGUUGUAGUUGUAGAAGAUGCGUAACGUAUUUAUAUCAGUUUGUUUGCUGAGAUUCCUCGUCGCGUUAACGUGCGCGAGCGAAGACAAAGAUUGCGGCUGCGGGAAGAAUUUAAACCGGCAGAAAGCCCAAGAUGGUUCGUGUCCUGUGAAUAACAAAGAAGAUGAAUUCGAGGAUGAAUUUAUCAAGCCUGUUUAUAAACAUGAUUUGACAGCUAAUAUGGUUGAAAUCAAAGGUGGCUCAUAUUUCAUUGGUACAGAUGAUCCUGUUUUCAUGGCCGAUGGUGAAUAUCCCAAAAGAGAGAUUGAACUUAAUAGUUUUUUUAUUGACAAGUACGAAGUGAGUAAUAAGGAUUUUGAUGAGUUUGUAAAAGCCACUGGACAUGAAACUGAAGCAGAAAAGUAUGGUGACUCCUUUGUAUUUGAAGGUUUAAUCAGUAAUGAAGUAAAAAAAGAAAUAAAGCAUGCUGUUGCGCAAGCUCCUUGGUGGUUGCCAGUUAAGGAAGCUUCCUGGAGAAAACCCGAAGGAAACGAUUCUAAUAUUUUAGAUAGAAUGGAUCAUCCAGUUAUUCAUGUGUCAUGGAACGAUGCUCUGGCAUAUUGUAAAUGGUUAGGUAAAAGAUUACCCACUGAAGCUGAGUGGGAAGUUACUUGUCGGGGUGGUCUAAAUGAUAGACUAUUUCCUUGGGGUAAUAAACUAACACCUAAUAAUGAGCACCGAAUAAAUAUUUGGCAGGGAGAAUUUCCUACAGAAAAUACCGGAGAGGAUGGAUUUGUGGGAACGAAUCCAGUUACAGAUUUUCCAGCCAAUGCUUAUGGUGUUCAUAAUAUUAUAGGAAACGUGUGGGAAUGGACUUCUGAUUGGUGGCAAGUCAGACAUCCUGACGAAAAACAAACUAAUCCUACUGGAGCUCCAACUGGUUCUGAUAAAGUAAAGAAAGGUGGCUCUUAUCUAUGCCAUAAAAGUUAUUGCUACAGAUAUAGAUGUGCAGCAAGAAGCCAAAACACUCCAGAUACAUCUGCUGGAAAUCUUGGUUUUAGAUGUGCACUCUCUGCAUGAUGCACCAAAACUCAAAUCCAAAGUACAACGUUAACAAUAUAAUGUACAUAUAAUUAUUAUUUCUAUAUAAACCAUUUCUGUGAUUUGUUAUACAUUUUCAAAAGAUGCAAUAUAAAAAAUAUGCCCUAAAGCAUUUUUAAAUGCGCUUAAAAGUAAUUAAUGAAAAGCUUCUAUGUAUGUAUAUAGUUUUAUGAUACACUGUAUAAGUUGUGAUGUAUGAUUUUAGCCUAAUAAUUAAGUACAAAAAAAGUGUUCUAAUAUCAAACAAAUUUAUAAGCAAUAAGCAAAACAAUAUGCACAUAAAAAAUAACGCAGUCAGUAAAAACUAUGGUUAAUUAAAAAAAAUAAAAGAUUUGUUACAUUGUCGACGAAUAAAAGAAUGAUUUCGUACACAAAAGAAAAA